AUUAGGUUUUGAUCUCAGGUGUGUUAAGUGCCUUGUAGUGGUAUUCCCUCAAAGCUCCCUGGUGAUUCAGCACUAACAGCCUGAUUACCGAGUCUCUUCCUGUCAUCCACCUCUCUGUUUGAAGACCAGUUUCUUACAAUCUCUUUGAAAUAUUUGAGAUGGCCCACCACUGGAGUCUGGCUUGCAUGCAGGAGUGUCACGUGGUCACCCUUACCUGUCAUCACUGAGGCCGCUGGUUGAUGCAAGCCACCGUGUCAAGUUAUUCAGGGACUGGAGGUGACCAGGGGAGAGAACCACAGGGAGAAGAACAGCACAAGACACCCUAGACACAGCCACACAUCAGCACCUCCAGGCCAGGCAGGGAGGGAGGAGGUGCUUCAUAUAACACACACACACACACACAUACACACACACACACACACACACACACACACACACACACACACACACACACACACACACACACACACCACACCUUGUUAGACGUUAAUAGUGCGUGAGGUGAGACAGAGAGUGGGAAGCGAGUCUCUAAGUGUCUCUGUCACCUCUCACUGAGCCUGUGAAACACUUCAGUAAUUUGUAGUGUGAAGUGUGAAGUGCUUGUUUAUGGUUUAGGCUUUAAGAUUUUUUUAGUUUAGGUGGAAAGUGUCUUGUAUGUGUCUGGUUUAGGAUUAAGGCUCUGUUUUUCUGGUGUUUAGUUUACUUGUUAAUUGGUUUGUUUGUUUCUAGUGCAGGAUUGAUAUUUUUGGGGGGUUUAAGCUAAAGUAAAAAGUGCUUUGUAUGUUUGUGGUUCAGGAUUAAGACUGUGUUUGCGGUUUUUGUUUAUGUACAAAGACCUUUUUUAUAUAUAUAUGUACUUCUGGUGUAGCAUAUAAGGUGUUUAAUUUUUCAUUCAGCUUCUAAGAUAAUUUGGGCAUUUCUGGUGAAGGUUAUGAAAUGUUCUGACUGUUUAGUGACCUGUGCUGUGGUAGGGACUGAUAACCAAGGUCCCAUGUGUAAACUUCAGGUACUGUGUGUGUGUGUGUGGCUCCGAUGAACACUAAAUGAGCCGUGUUGUGGUUUGUUCCCUUGUCUAAAUUGAAGAAGGAACACUAAAUGAACCAUGUUACAAUUACUUUCUCUGUCUGAAUUGAAGAAGGAACACUAAAUAAGGUGUGUUGGGGUUACUUUCCAUGUCUAAACUAGCCAGGGUGUGUCAUGCCCUGAGGAACACUAAAACAGCUGUGUUGUGGCAAAUUUUCAUGUCUAAAGUGAAGAAGGAACACUGAGGGAGCUGUCAUGGCUACUUCCUGUGUCUGAACUGAAGAACCUAGUGUGUGUGUGUGUGGCACCCUGAGGAACACCAGCACCAUGAGUGAGCUGAGACAAGUUCGCAUCACCAAGUUUGAGUGCGAGGAGUGUGGCAAGGUCCUGAGCUCCAAGCAGAACCUCAAGAAGCACAAGUUCACACACACGGGCAUCAAGAAGCAUGAGUGUGAGGUGUGUGGCAAGAAGUUCUCGGAGCGCGGCAGUCUGAAGAAGCACCGACUCAUCCACUUAGGGAUAAAGAAACAUGAGUGUUGGGAGUGUGGCAAGCAGUUCACCGACAAGAGCACACUCACCAAGCACAUCCUGAUACACACCGGGGAGAAGAGGUUCAAGUGUGACGUGUGCGGCCGAGCGUUCACCGAGAAGGGCACGCUGACGGCUCACAAGUACACCCACGUCACCGAGAAGAACUUCAAGUGCGAGAUGUGCGGGAAACUAUUCGCGGCACAGAGCAUUUUGAACAAACACAUUGCAUUUCACAUGGGGGAGAGGAAGUUCGAGUGCCAGGAGUGUGGGAAAGUGUUCGGUCUGCGCUCCUCCCUCAGCAAGCAUGCGGCCGUCCACACUGGCUACAAGAAAUUCAAGUGUGACGAGUGUGGCAAGUGCUUCUCGCAGAAAUGUAACCUUGGAAAGCACCUCAUGACACACACGGGCGAGAGAAACUAUGUGUGUCCUGUGUGUGGCAAGGCGUACAUACAGAAGUCAGCGUUGGGGCAGCACAUGCUUGGCCACACAGACGCAAGGGAGUAUGUGUGUGAGGUGUGUGGGAAGGGAUUCAAUAAGAAGAACAAUUUGAACCAACACCUCCUGAUUCACUCAGGGAUAAAGAAGUACUCCUGUGACGUGUGUGGCAAGGCUUUCACGCAGAAGGGGGUGCGGGACAUCCACGCCCUCACGCACCAGGACAUCCGCAAGCACCAGUGUGAGAAGUGUGGCAAGCUGUUCACGCAGAAGAGCUCGCUGAAGAAACACUCCCUGACACAUGAUGAAGGGAGGCGGUUCGAGUGCGUCAGAUGUGGCCAGCUCUUCCCGUCGAAAAAGGAGCUACGUUCACACAAACAGACGCACACGGCGGAGGACUGCGAGUGUGCAAACUGUGGCAGAACAUUCACCUGCAAGAGCUCCCUUCUGCGCCACACAGUUGGACAGAGCAAGUUUGAGUGCGAGGUUUGCGGCAAGGCGUUCUGUCACCGCGCCGACCUCCUUCAACACACACACCUGCACUCUGACCUGAGCCUAACGAGCUGUGUGGACUGUGGACAGGUGUACCCCAUGCAGAAUGGCCUUGUACCCCACACCUGUCUCUUAGUCCAGGAUACGGUGCUCAUGAGGGGCUCAGAUGGGGGAGCUAGUGAUGGAGAGCUGAGUGUUGGUAAUGGGAGAUUGAGUGAGGGGAAUGACCAGGAGGAGGAGGAGGAGGAGGAGGAGAAGUGGAAGGUAAAGGAGGAGGGUUCUGAAGGAGAGGAGAAAGUGAGUGUGGAUUUAGUAGCAAAGAAAGAAGAAGGCAAGAAUGAUAGUGAUGGUGAUAAUGAUGAUGAGGAGGAGGAGGAGGAGGACGAGGAAGAGAAGGGAGUGAGUGAGGAGAAAUGGAAAGUGAAAGAAAUGGGUGAUGGUGAAGAGAAUGAAGGAGGAAAAGGAGAAGAACUAAUAAGACAGGAAGAAGGAGAGGAAACAGGAGUAAGCGAAUAAAAAUAAGGAAAAGUGAAUACAAGUGAAUGAUGAAGAAGAAAAAUAAACUGAAUAAUAAAGAAAGAGAAUGAAGAAGCAAAAAAAAAUAAUAUAAUAGUUUAAUCAUACAGAAAACUGAUGAACUGAAUAUAAAAGAAGGAAAAUAAAGGAGUAAAAAAUAAGAAUAGAUUAAUACAACAUACAACACCCCCUCCCCCCCCCUUAAGUGUUGUAUUUCUUUCAUACACCGGUGCUGUAUAUAUUUUUGGCUUCUGUGAUAGUGGUGUUAGAAAUAUAAAUUAAGAAUACUUGUAAGAAUAGUGACCAAGAGGGAGAGUGACUGUGUGUGUGUGUGUGUGUGUGUGUGUGUGUGUGUGUCAAAUUCUCACUGGUGACCUGUAGAGUUUAAUAGAAAAUUUUGAGUUAGUGUUUGUAUAAUGAAUGUAGUUUUGUUUCUCUCUCUCUCUCUCUCUCUCUCUCUCUCUCUCUCUCUCUCUCUCUCUCUCUCUCUCUCUCUCUCUCUCUCUCUCUCUCUCUCUCUCUCUCUCUCUCUCUCUCUCUCUCUCAUAUCUUAACAUUUUUUCCUUUUUUUUCACAUUGUGGUUUAUUCAAGUCUCAAUUGUAUAUUUGUAUUAAUUUUAAUCAUAAGUCAAUUUUUUUUGCAUACGUUUUUCCUAGUGAAUGUGUUUUUAUUCAUUUAUUUUUUUUUUUAUUUUUUUUUUUUUUAAUACAGCAAUUUUUUUUGUUUAUUUAUUUUCACUUUACUUUUAAUCUAUUUUGUUUUCUUUCUGUUGUGUUUGUUUAUUUUUUCAACAGUGAGUCAUGCAAUUUGUUCAUACAGUGAAAUGGUUGUCAGUGGUGUGUCUGUUUGUUUGUUUGUUUGUUUGUUUGUUUGUUUGUUUGUUUGUUUGUUUGUUUGCUUGCUUUUGGUUUAUUUGUUUCAUUGUGUUGUUUGUAGUGUUGAAAUAUAGUUGUAAUUUUUUAUUUUUUUUAGAUUGUAAUACGGUAGUAGUAGUAGUAGUAGUAGUAGUAGUAGUAGUAGUAGUAGACCUUUAUGCAUUAAGGUGUGUAGUAUUGUGAUUUCAAAUGCUAUGUAGAAGUAAGCAUCAGUUGUAAUAAUAAUAGUCGUAGUAAUCUUGAGUUAUUAUAGUAGUAGUAGUAGUAGUAGUAGUAGUAGUAUUUACCCUUUGUAAUAUUGUGGUUCCAAAUGUUAUGUAGAAAUUUGUAGUAGUAAUAAUAGUAAUAGUAGUAGUAGUAGUGAUAAUUCUUUGUAACAUCAUGGUUCCAAAUGUUAUGUAGAAAUCUGUAGUAGUAGUAGUAAUAGUAACAACAGUAGUAGUAGAAACAGUAGUAACCUCAGUGCAAAUUCAACCAGCUAACUAAUGUAUACCCAGCCAAAUAUACAGAAACAUUAAUGUAUAUCCUGUAUCCUUCAUAAGACACUGAAACAGCCUUGCCAACACUCGUCUUCACACUGAUUACAAAAGAGACAGGGAGGCAUUGCUUCAAGAGUCGUUGAGCGGCUGAGACAUGACUGUAUUUUAAUGUGGAAGCUUAAGGUGAACAGUAAGAGAUGAAUAAGGCAAGAAUGAUGAAAUGCAAGUGAAAAUAUUGGUGCCAAGUCAUUAAAAGUGAAAAGAUUACCAGAGGGAUUGACUACGAGAGGUGAUAUGAGGUGAAAAAGUAAGAGAUUAAGGCAAGGAUGUAAUGAAGGUGGACAUGUUGGUGCAGUGAAUGUGAUGAAUAGAAGUGAAAAGAUUAGUAGGUUAGGUUAGUGAAGGUACAGGUAGAAUACAAGACCAGACUGGUAAUUAAUGCUUUGGUCACUGUUUAUCAUUAUUCCUGGUGAAGUAUAUUGCAUUUAUUAGUAUUACGUAAGGAAUGAUGUGUCAACAGUGAAAAAAAUAUUAGGGCAGCUUUGUUAGUGCAAGUACAGGUAGAAUAUAAGACUAGAUAAGCCAAAAUUAAUACUCUGUUCACUGUUUGUUCCUGUUGAAAGAUAAGUUUAGGAAAAAAAUCAUAUAUAACUGAAAUUAUGUAGCUUCAUUACUACAUAGAAAGUUAACUAGAAACUAAAACUAUAGAUUAUAACUAAAUACGCUACUCUCGUAAUCAUUAUUCCUGGUGAAAGAUAUUAUUAGUUAAGGAAGGUAAAUGUAAUAUAACAAUGAAAAGAUUAACAGGAAAAUUUAACUAGGCGUAGGAUGCAAGACUAGACUGGUAACAAAUACAAAUCUACGUAAAAGAUAUUAUUUGUACAUUUUAAUAUUCAUGUGUCAUUUGCCUCUUGUGUUCAGUGUGACGUGAUUAAAGAAUGGAAAGUGA